CGGAGCGGGCGGGAGCCGAGGCUUGCAGCGGGCCUCGGGGCUGAGAGCGCGACGCGGCCUAGAGCGGCAGACGGCGCGGUGGGCCGAGGAGGAGGCAGCAACCGCCCUGGCCCGUCAUGGAGAUGGAAAAGGAGUUCGAGCAGAUCGACAAGGCCGGGAGCUGGGCGGCCAUAUACCAGGACAUCCGACAUGAAGCCAGUGACUUCCCAUGCAGAGUGGCCAAACUUCCUAAGAACAAAAACCGAAACAGGUACAGAGACGUCAGCCCCUUUGACCACAGUCGGAUUAAGCUCCAUCAAGAAGACAACGACUACAUCAAUGCUAGUUUGAUAAAAAUGGAAGAGGCCCAGAGGAGCUACAUUCUCACCCAGGGCCCUCUGCCCAAUACCUGCGGGCACUUCUGGGAGAUGGUGUGGGAGCAGAAAAGCAGGGGCGUCGUCAUGCUCAACAGAGUGAUGGAGAAAGGCUCGGCUGGCUUGGGCACUGACACAUUGGCCCCACCUCAGCAGCUUGUGACUAGCUCAUCAUCAAUGGAGGGAGGUGACAUGAUGACACUGGCCAAGACUUUUGAACAGCUGAAAUGUGCACAGUACUGGCCACAAAAGGAGGAGAAGGAAAUGAUCUUUGAGGACACCAAUCUGAAGCUAACAUUGGUCUCCGAGGACAUCAAGUCGUACUACACGGUACGACAGCUGGAGCUGGAGAACCUGGCAACUCAAGAAACUCGAGAGAUCCUACAUUUCCACUAUACCACCUGGCCUGACUUCGGAGUCCCUGAAUCGCCAGCCUCGUUCCUGAACUUCCUCUUCAAAGUCCGGGAGUCGGGGUCUCUCAGCCCGGAGCACGGCCCCAUCGUGGUGCACUGCAGCGCGGGCAUCGGGCGGUCGGGGACCUUCUGUCUGGCUGACACCUGCCUCUUGCUGAUGGAUAAGAGGAAAGACCCUUCCUCUGUGGACAUCAAGAAAGUGCUGCUGGAAAUGAGGAGGUUCCGGAUGGGCCUGAUCCAGACGGCGGACCAGCUGCGCUUCUCCUACCUGGCUGUGAUCGAAGGGGCCAAGUUCAUCAUGGGAGACUCCUCUGUGCAGGAUCAGUGGAAGGAGCUCUCCCAUGAGGACCUGGAGCCCCUGCCGGAGCAUGUCCCCCCACCUCCCCGGCCACCCAAACGGGUCCUGGAGUCACAUAACGGGAAGUGCAAAGAGUUCUUCUCGAACCACCAGUGGGUCAAGGAUGAGACUGAGGAGGACAAAGAUGACCACAUUGAGGAAGAAACCAGAAGCCCCUUGAAUGUACCCUAUAGCCCAGAAAGCACGAGUCAAGACACUGAAGUUAGAAGUCGGAUCGUGGGGAGAAGUCCGCAAGGCGCCCAGGCCGCCCACCCUGCCACAGGAGAGCCAUCGCUGCCCACGGAGGAGGCGGACCACGCGCUGGCUCCCUGGAAGCCCUUCCUGGUCAACGUGUGCAUGGCCACCGUCCUCACGGCCGGCGCGUACCUCUGCUACAGGGUGUGUUUCCACUGACCACGAGCGGGGACAGCGCGUGCAGAAGCACUGCUGCUAGCCGGGGCAGAAGUCGGUUCUGUGGAGCCUGAGCCUGUCUCAGAGGAGACAGGUCGAAGGUGUCUCGAGUCUGGACUGCGGAAGGGCUAACGAGAAGGAAGGGCUGGCGCACUGGGUUCCGAGGCGCCCUGUGGUCCCAAGGACGCUCGCGUCUAAUCUCAGGGCCUUAACCUAUUCAGGAGUAAGUAGAGAAAAUGCCAAAAACUUCUCUCUCUCAUCUUUCUUUUUCUUCCCUUUUUCUUUAGUUCAUUUGUUUUUGGAAAAAAAUAGAAUUACAACACAUUGUUGUUUUUAACCUUUAUAAAAA